AAGAACAUGUUUUUGCCCUUCUGGAAAUUGUGAGCGAUAAAAUCUUAUCCGCUUCUAAGGCCACUGUCUAUUUAUGUAUCAACUAUAAAGCAAGCAAACCCAUCUCUGUGGGUGUCUCUCCCCUGUUUGAGUGCCCUUUGGCCUUCCCGUGUACACUCACUCUAACUCGAUCUCUUCCAUUAUUUCCGGGCAAAGUUCUCUUCUGGGUUUCAUUUUUUCUUCAAAUUCUGGCGAAAACCUACUUGUUCUUGUUCUCUGAAACUAAAUUGCGAGUGCGAGUUUGUUGGGUGCAGCCAUGGCUUUGUUUUGUUCAUUUUUGCAAGGCAUCCUUUGAUGGAGCACAAAUCACUUGAAUUCGGUAUCUCCUACUUUUGCUUUCUUGGAUUUUAGUUUUUCAAAGUAUGUCUGAGGUCAUGGACGUGGGAGAAAUUAAAUGUUCCUCAGGCUACGGAAAGCCCCCGUGGAUAUUCAAAGGCAGUGCCUUGUACCAACUCCAUCUCGUGAAGGCAGAAACUGCUCGAGCAUGCAUCCCGAAAGAGUUCAGAUUAGUUGAAGCUUUUGGGUACACUCUUGGUGGCUUCUUUCUUGCCAGCUACGAUGACAGUCCAGCCGGAGUCUUUGACGAGCUUGUUGUGAUUGCGGGGCUUGCAUGGAACCCACCAACAUCCUGCGCCAGAUGGGCUGCUAAGGUGCUUGUGAACAGCAAUGAGGCUUGUGAUCAUGGAAGAAAGGAAGUUGGGCUUCCAAGUCAGAUUGCCAGGUUUUCGAAGCAGAGUAUCACGGCAAUGACAGCGCAACCAAAGAAUAAAGACAUUGGUAUUUUAAACGCGAUUGGUAUGGGUGCUACUUUCAAUAGUCCAAGAGACCAUAUGAAUGUUCAAGUGACCGAAUGGGAUGAUCUUGAUACAAAAGAUACCUGUAAUAUCAACCUCACAACUGUUGUGCCUGCAUUGAAUGAAAAGUGGAUGGGGCCGGCCGUCAAAAUUUCACUUCCAAGUUAUAGUGGCCAUACAGAGCAUAAUCCCAACCUUCUCAAGUACUCUUGCCAGAUUGAGUGCAGGGUGAGAGCAGUGAAGCCAGCAGUAGUAUCAGGCCCAAGUCCUAUACUGUAUCAUGACAGAGUGCAUUAUUCAGAUCAACGUAGAUGCAAUACCAUGGACUCUACAGCUAAGGAGCACAUAGAUAAUGGAAAAAAUCUCAUCAUGUCUGUGAUGUUGUCAAAACCCAUAUUGGCUUUGGAGUUCAAUUGUUUAAAAAUGCAGGUAGAAGCUCCAACUGUCGUUUCCCCUUCCUCUAGGAGUUCUUAAGAAUGCAGAAAGUAUAUUACUGUGCUGUAAUGACAUUAAAGAAUACAUAAUUAAUGAAGUUCAUUUCCCUAAAUUGCCUUCAGUUAUUAUUUCU